UUUAGAAAGACCUGAAAAAGAACAGCUUUUGGAAAAAACUGUUACUCUCCUGGCACAAUUUAUUCAAGUGCAAAAAGAUGUAUGUUACUCAACUGUAAAUGCUUCAUUGGAUAGAAUCGUAAAAGAUGUACAGAAUUGUCUCAGAAAGAAGCAUCCCGACCAUUCCAUAUUUUUCACGUCUGAUGAAACUUUUUCCUAUUGGAAAAACAACAAUAUCGAUAAUCAUUGGAAUAAAGUUGAAAGUACGCAGAUUAUGGAUAUACUCCAGGAAUAUAUAUUUAGCAAAUUAAACUUUCGACCAUGCUUAUAUCGGAACAAGCUCUUCGAUUGUUUGUGUAUAGAUUAUGUUUUAGAAAAUAAACGUGGAGAAAAAAUCGUUGUACUCGCAAUAUUUUGCAGCAUAGCUAGGAGACUUGGUCUACGUUGCGAUAUAAUAAGGUUUUCCCUAAAACACUGCAUAUUUUGGAAAUCAAAAUACAUCGCGAAUAAUAUAGUAAAUGAACGAUGUUUUUACAUAAAAAUGAGCAAGAAAUACCCCGAUUGUAUUGUCAACUAUCUAUUGAAUUACAAGAAUGUGGUUUCUAAAUCAAAUUCAUCCGUCAAAACAAUAAAUAACAAAAUGAUUGGUGUAUUUUUCGAUAAGAAUGUUACAUAGACGACUUAUGCAGGAUCAUGUAAUAUUUCAUGAAAUAUUCAAAGUCAAUUGGGAAAUGCUGUGUAAUUAUAACAUCUCAUAAGUAUUGAAGAUAUAUCAUAGAACAUAAGGAUACACCUACUGUUGCGUGGAGACCGCAGGACCUACCCGUCCACGAUUCUUUUCUUUCGGAGACGUAAGGCGAUAUUAUUAUUAUUAUUAAUAAGGAUUAAAGGAAUUUUACUGUGUCCUCUCGAGGAUUAUA